UAACCUCGGCAUGAAAUCUUGUCUUUGCUACUUGCUGUGUGACCUUGGGUGAGUUACUUAAACUCUUAAGGCCACAAUGUGGAAAGGUCUGGCAUAUCAAUGUGGUCCUCUAAAACCAGGACGUCUACCGGGACACAUGUAUCCACGAGGCGCAGGGCAGGUCUCCGCUGGGAAAUCCUGCCUAGGCGCCAAGGCCCGAACACCGCGACGCCAGGAGGAAGCUGGGCCUCGCUUCUUAAAGCCUAGAUCUCUGUUUUGGGAGAGCCGCCAGCAAGAAAUCAAAAUCAAGCGAAGAGGAGCCAGUUGAUGAAGUCAGUCCCCGGGCCACCCCUCCAGCAGGCGGAGAGCAGCGCUGCGGCCCGGCGAGCAGAGGCGCGACCAGGGACCGGAGUGCAGGGAGGGGAGGGGACGGGAGGGGACGCGAGGGGAAGAGGCGGGAGGGCGGGUCCGCCGUCACGUGACCCGACCAGCUGUUGGCGGGGGCGGCGGGGACCCACAGCGCCGCGAGUCUGGGAAGCGGGACGCGCCCGACGCCGCCUUCGCCACUGCAGCCGCAGCCCCCGAUGUCGCCGCAGUAAUCCGCCCGCGGCGGCGCCCGCACCUCGGUGACAUUCUGCCAGUGGUCUCCUAGCUACAGGAGUGCAGCACUCCAGUCCCACAAGCCCCGAGGCCAGCCUCCUGCCACCAGUUAGCGGUACAGAUUGAACAUCCUGCAUCAGAAAAUCUGAAAUCUGAAACUUUUUGACACAAGAAUGGAAAAUUGUACACCUGAUUGCAUAUGCUAUGGGCCUCAAUGAAAAUGAUGGCGGUGGCUCCUCCAAGUUACUGUUUUGUGGCCUUCCCGCCACGCGCUAAGGAUGGUUUGGUGGUGUUUGGGAAAAAUUCAGCCCGGCCCAGAGAUGAAGUUCAGGAGGUUGUGUAUUUCUCGGCUGCCGAUCAUGAACCUGAGAGCAAAGUUGAGUGCACUUACAUUUCAAUCGACCAAGUUCCGAGGACCCAUGCCAUAGUGAUAAGCAGACCCGCCUGGCUGUGGGGGGCAGAAAUGGGAGCUAACGAACAUGGAGUGUGCAUAGCCAAUGAAGCCAUCAAUGCCAGAGAACCGGCCGCUGAGACAGAAGCCUUACUGGGGAUGGAUCUGGUCAGGCUUGGCUUAGAAAGAGGGACAACAGCUAAAGAAGCCUUAGAUGUCAUCGUCUCCUUGUUGGAAGAACAUGGACAAGGAGGGAAUUAUUAUGAAGAUGCCAGCUCCUGCCAUAGCUUCCAAAGUGCAUACCUGAUUGUGGAUCGUGAAGAAGCCUGGGUGCUUGAGACCGUAGGGAAGUACUGGGCUGCUGAGAAAAUCACGGAGGGAGUGAAGUGCAUUUGCAACCAACUUUCACUCACUACUAAGAUGGAUGCGGAGCACCCUGAACUCAGAACUUAUGCUCAGAGUCAAGGCUGGUGGACAGGAGAGGACGAAUUCAACUUUUCCCAGGUUUUUUCUCUAGCUGAUGACCAUCUGGACUGUUGUGCAGGCAGGGAGAGCUUAGAAAAGCAAGAAGAAAGCAUCACUGUGCAGACCAUGAUUAACAUCUUACGGGACAAAGCCAGUGGAGUCUGCAUAGACUCUGAAUCUUUCCUCACCACAGCCAGUAUAGUGUCUGUCCUGCCUCAGAAUAGAAGCUCUCCGUGCAUUCACUACUUCACUGGGACCCCAGAUCCUUCCAGGUCCAUAUUCAAGCCUUUCAUCUUUGUCGAUGAUGUAAAACUUGUCCCCAAAGCACAGUCCCCCUGUUUCGGGGAUGAUGACCCUGCCAAAAAAGAGCCUCGGUUCCAGGAGAAGCCAGACCGCCGGCACGAGCUGUACAAGGCCCAUGAGUGGGCACGUGCUGUCAUCGAAAGUGACCAGGAGCAGGGCCGCAUGCUGAGGAAGACAAUGUUGGAGCUGGAGAAGCAAGGUCUGGAAGCUAUGGAGGAAAUCCUGAGUAACCCUGCUCCCCUGGACCCCGCCGAGGUGGGGGACCUUUUCUAUGACUGCGUUGACACAGAGAUUAAGUUCUUUAAGUGAAGUAAGCAUUCCUUUCCCCCUUCUUAUUUAAAACUUCCCACCUGACUAAAUUACCAGCAAAACAAACCACUCUCCUGUUUGAGUCAAAUGAGAAAGUUACGAUGUGGCCUCUUUUUCUGAAGCCAGAUCUAGCUGUUACCUUGUGUCUCUAAACGUCCCCUUCUUUGCCAUAGUUCUCCUUCCACUGCUAUGUAAUGUGUAUCCCCCUUCCCUGGUAUUCGGUUGUGUGCUGAAUUGUGGACUUGAAGCUGCCAGUGUUUUAUUUCCGUGACAGUGGACACAUGAGCCUCUCCUGGGAGAGCUAGAGUUCAUUGGGCCUUGAGAGGCAGGCUCACAAUGCCGAGCUGGCGGGAAAAGCAAGCUCUUUUGAAGUCUUAGUCUUUCAGUACCAGUUUCUUCCAGGUUAACAAAGGGCAUUUGUCUGUACACAGGUUUCUGUGUGUGGAGUCGAGGGAGAACCGCUCCCCUUCCCUUGAGCCUAUGGCUGUGUGUAGCGCAGUCUCCACAGGUAUCUCCUGGGGACCGACAAACGGGAAGGAAUCAGGGGGACCCUCCUUGGGCUCAGCUCCAUGCCAGUGCCCAUGAUCCUGAAAGACCUAUCUUCCAUGUGCUGGAUCUCGACCUGCUUCCACAGGCAGGAGAUCUGGGCAUGUGUGUUAGUCAGAACACUUGGGUCUUAGAGAUCCUGGGACACUAUGCAGGCGAUUCCCUGAAUCCCUGCAUGGCUCUCCCAAAGGGCAUGGCUCCUGUCCCUUCAUGGCAGUGCACUUGCCCCAUGGAUGCAGCUUUGGGUGGAAAUGAUCCAGGUCUAGUUGCUAACAUCUAGCCUAGGAUCCAUUAAAUGGCCCUGUGGCAGAAUUCUACCCCACACAUCUGCGGCUCUCUUGGCUAACAAGAGAAAGAAAAAGAGACCGCUUGAUUACUUAGAUUGCAGUUAGAGUAGCUGAAAGCCAAGCAGCCACUAGCAGAGAGACUGUACUUAAACUGAUUUGUUCCCAAUGUUGUGUUCACCACCAGAGCAUAGAAAAACAUGCAAAGAAGACCAGGGGGGAUCUGGGAGGAUAGAGGGCCACUAGGUGAAAGAUGGAUGCAGAAGCAUUUCCUUGCUGGUGAGAGUCCAGCCAUGUCCUUUCUGCGCAGCCCGUUGGAUCCCACGUAUUGGUGUAUGAAGCAGCUCACCUCCUGGGUCUUCUCCCUUAGGCGUGGGGCCCUAGACUGCUAUCUGAAGUGGGUAGGAGGUGGUGGGAGCUGAGCUCCACUGAAACUCUCAUCUGCUCCCAAAAUGUCCAGAGGCAUAGAUAAUGGAGCAGCCAGUGGGAGAAUGCCAUUUGGGCCUAAUUAUGCUUUACCAUCCUCGACAGGAAUCAGCAAACAAAAUAUUGUGAGUAUCUGUAGUUUUUGAAAUGGCUUAGGGUCCGUAAUUCCUUCCCAGCAGCAGGAUCCUAGACCAUGAGGGCUGGAAGGGGCCCCACCCUUCAUCAUAUCGGUGUGAACACUAAGGAGCAGAGGUUUUAUUGGAACAAAUCUUUUCUUCCUACUUUUGCUCAGCUAUUUGGUAAAUUCUGCAUGUAAAACUUCCAACUACCCAUGGUGGGAUGGGAAGAGAAUUUUAGGAGAAAAGCUAAUGGCUGCCAGUCACGGUGCCUUGUAGUUGUGAGGAGUCGGCAGCUGCUAAGGAAGAAAGGAUGAGGCUCAAGGAUGAUAUGGGUACCCGUCCACUCCCAAGUUCUCCUGAUGAAUGGCUAUGUAAAAUGAGAUGCUACACAAAGCCACCCUCUGAUUUCACUGUGUGGUCUCACCCUCCUCCACCUGUUAGGAAACAUUUCCCUAUCCCUGACAUGUCUGUGACUGCCACACUGAUUCCAGGAGUCUAGUGACAGUAAAUUAUACAGAGGCCUCCUUUCAUUACUGUGGGCAAAGUAGCAGACAGCUCUGCCAGCUUGGUAUAAUUACCCAGUUGUGCAGUGGGGAACACAAUGUCUUCUAUUAGGGGGCGCUGACCUCAAUCAAGCAUCAUAGAGAAGGCCCAAUACUACUUGAGAGUGAUUUUGGCUGGCAUUGGGCAUCAGAAGUGUGAGGUCCCUUGUCACCACUAGAGGGCAUGGCAGCCCUCCAUGGCACAGGCUGGCAAAACCUGACAGGAAGCGGAGGUGGUACAACCAAAACCCAAAAAAUAGCAGGGGACUGGCUCUUUGUGCAUCAGGAGGGUUAGGGAAACACAGAGAGAGCAAGGGCUACUGAUGUGGAUGUACUCACUUUUAGUGACCUUUAUCUUCUUAAAGUUGACAGCUGGAAAUACACUGUUGGACUUCGAGUAGGUUGUUAAAGCGGACGAUUUAUUUUUAAAUACUCCUAACAGAUAAUGAUUUGGAAAAAUGCUCAUCACGAUUUCUUCACAAGGGAUUGCUUUUCUGAAGGCAAUAUAGGAAAUGAAUAUACACGAUGAAAUAUGACAAUGUUUAAAGGUCACCGUAUGUAAAUAGCUUCCUAGAGUACCGUUUGUGUAUCUGUUAAGAUGGGAGGGCACCUGUGCAUGCUUUGUGCAGAAAGAAAUCAUGGCCAUAAAGGACAAAGUCGCUCCCCCACUUCUCCCCUGUGACCGAAUGUAAGCUAGUCAGUCUCAUCUAGUAGAUGGGAUUCACCGUAGGUGAAGACAGCCCUCAGACUCAGGGCAGACACCAGUGAAAGUACACUAGCAAAGCAAAAAUAGUACCCUUUCAUUCUUGGAGGUGACUUGAACUUUUAGAUAGAAUAAGGAUAUAAUCAGAAUUACAGAGAUUCCAGUACUCAAUAAUGUAAGACCCAGUGUUAUUAUUAGUCUACCUUACAAGCUAACAGAGCAGGUAUAUGCCUAUUAGAUCUUAGCCAUGAAGUUCCCUUACUUUUGGUGAAUCUUUAGAUAUAAAGCGUAAUUACUGACCAGACAAAUAACUUUGCAUCCUAACUGACAUCAUCCUACAUUGGUACAGGUGACACAUAUUCCUGGCUGGCCCAGCAAGGAAGCCAGGUGGGACCAGUUGUCGGUCAUGACACCUCUUACAUUCUUGCCUGGAGAGCCAUGCAUCCUUUAUUGGAAAGGUCUUCAUCUGAGCUCUCAGCUUGAGGAAGGAAACACAGGGAGGAGAUGGGAGGGGAUCUAGUUCACUGGCCACCUGUGUGUGCAGGGGAGGCAUGGCAGGUGGUAUGCCAGCUGUCCCAGCACAACCUUAUGCUUCUUGUAGCUGUGGCAUUUCAUUCCACCCAGCCCAGAAUCCCUGCUCCUAUGGUGUGUGUCAAAAUGUGCUUUGUCUGACUGAUACCAAACACCCCAAAAUGUCAUCUGGAGAUUUCUUGUGGGAACCCAUAUGUACAUGUUUGCAAUCAUGUUGUGAGAAUUUAAAUGUGUUAGCUGGAAAACGCUACUGCCAGGGAAAAUAAAAUCUGUUUCCUGCAGUGGGAACUGACCAUGUAGUCUUAACAGUCUUUUGUACAAAUACAUCUACAAGCCAGAUAACGCCCCUAGCCAGUGCUUGCCUUGGGAUUGUCUCUAAACGCAUCAAGCAUACAAUAAAAGAUACUGAGAUCAA